GUCAUAGCAGACAUGUUUGAACAGAAUAAAUUAGACGUGUUUACAUUUCCCAGUGCUGUUUUCUUUGCAUCUAUUUUGUAAUUGUUGAAUAAUCUAGUUGUUGAACAUAAUGCUGCCUUUUUUAUUUUAAUUUAGACAACUUUAUCAUUUACUGCAGGGACUUUUGUAAAUAACUAAGUACAGUUGAGUAACAUCACAUGCUGUAGUCCUCUUUCCUUUACAGACAUUAGAUCUCUAUCAUUGGCUCAAGAUGGUCAUUUGGUCCAUAUAACCCAAAGAGGAUUUUCGUCUUGAAGAGUCUUAAAUGAAUCUGUGACAAUUCUCUUUACAGGCCAAAUAUUUGCUGCCAUCUUCUGGAUUUGUACUCGCUAUCACUGCUGCCGUGCCACAUUGCGGGUGCACAGGAAACACGACAAUCAGGGGAGACAGCUACACCAGACGGCGACCAGUUGCAGUUUUUUGCAGAUUUUGCUGAACCUCUGCCCUUCUGAGAGACUCUGCCUCUCUAAGGCAUGCUGCUGUGGUAAUUUCGGGAACUGAGAUGGCUCGUCAGCUGCACAGAGAAAUUCAGCGUGAUGUGGAAGAGCUUGUAGCACAGGGUAACAUGAGACCACACCUGGGAGUGGUCUUAGUCGGAGAAGACCCAGCCAGUCAUACCUAUGUGAAGAACAAGACCCGGGCAGCCAGCAUCCUGGGCAUUUCCAGUGACACAGUGGUGCGGCCUAGCUCAGUGUCCCAGGAGGAGUUGCUGGAGCUGAUUGACAAGAUGAACCGUGACUGGAGGGUCAGUGGCCUGUUGGUGCAGCUGCCACUUCCAGAUCACAUCAGUGAGCGAGCAGUAUGUAAUGCCAUCGCUCCAGAGAAGGAUGUUGAUGGUUUCCAUAUUGUGAAUAUUGGUAAAUUGUGCCUGGACCAGAGAUCUAUGGUACCUGCGACACCUGCAGCGGUCUGGGAGAUCAUCAAAAGAGCAGGCAUUGAAACUGUGGGAAAGAAUGUCCUGGUUGCUGGUCGCUCCAAAAAUGUUGGAAUGCCUAUUGCAAUGUUACUCCACACCGAUCGCCACCAUGAACGCCCCGGAGGUGAUGCCACAGUGACCAUUGUCCACAGAUGUACACCGAGGGAACGCCUGAAAGAGCUGACGAGUCUGGCUGACAUCAUUGUUGCAGCUGCAGGUGUUCCUGGGCUGAUCACAGCAGAUAUGGUAAAAGAGGGCGCAGCAGUCAUUGACGUGGGAAUAAAUCGUACCCAGGACCCAAAAACGGGGAAGAUCCGGCUCAUUGGGGAUGUGGAUUUUGAGGGCGUGAAGGAGAAAGCAGGUUUUAUCACACCCGUUCCUGGAGGUGUUGGUCCGAUGACAGUUGCCAUGCUGAUGAAAAACACUGUGACUGCUGCCAGAAACGCACUGAUGCAUUAAAAGCAACAUACGCCCUUUUUUAAAAAAUAUUGAAUGCCAUAUAGAGCAAAUGGCUUACAAACACACACUUUGAUGCAUUCAAUUAUUUUGGUAAACACAAAUACACACCACGUUUCCCAAACAUUCAACACACUCUUAUUUAAAUAUUCAUGAGUUUCAUUCCAGCUAGGAAACACACUUGACAUGUGCUAUGUUUAUAUCAUUACUUAUUUAAGUUAUUUAUUUCAGAUUUUGCUUUUUAAGAAUUUAAAUAGCUAUUUUUUCUACUGAAGUGGUUUUGUUCAUUGAAAACAUUCCAGAAUAACUGAAAAGAAAUAUAAAUAAAACAUUUUAAAGAAGUGUGCCAA